AUGAGUGAUAAUUAUGUUCAAACAGAUAUCCUAGAUUAUAUAGAUAUUCUAAAAUAUAAAUACACACCAUCUAGGACUUUUAUUACAUACAUAGAAAAUUUUGGUUCUCUUUGUGUUUCAAUUUCUGUACAGAAAGAUUAUCUUUAUGCUUUUUGUAGAUCCAUCCUUGGCUUAAAAGAAUUUAAAUACUUUAAUGACGACUCUUCUGAAAAAAGUAUAUUACUUAGAGCUGUUUAUGAAUAUUUUCAACUGUUUGUUAAAAACUGGGAUAUUCAAAUAAACACAAAACCAAGAUUUUUUGACACAUUACUUUCAUUUGUAAGUUUUAAUCUUUAUUCAAUAGGUACAUCAAUAACAAGUAAUUCUCUAAGCAGUUUAGUACAAGUUAAUAUCCUAUCAAAUAUACAUAAUUUCAAGAUAGAAGUUCUAAGAAACAGGUUCAUAGAAUUAAACUACUUUUAUGCAGAAGAAAUAGAAAACUUUAUUUUAAGGGACUUUUUAGACAUUGAAAUUAAAUCAACAAAAAAAGAAGUAAUAAACCAUUUUAACGAAAUAAUAGUCACAUCUGAAGAUUUAGGAAAAACGCAAAUAGAAUAUGAAGAUUUAGAAAAUGGUCCAGAAAUAAUUAUCAAAGAAUUUAUUUACAGCGAAAUAGAAGUUUUACAAAUUGUCAAUAAAACGUAUUAUGACGAAAUAUUAAAGUUUAAAGAUAGGCUUCCCGCGUUUAAGUAUAAUGAAUAUUUUAAGGAUAUUGAAGAUUUUUUCAAUUUGUCUAAAUUACUUGUUAAAUCUCUUGUAAGAGCAUUUUAUCAAUAUAAGUAUCCGUCUGUGAGUCAUACACUAGCUGAUAUUUUUAUUACGGAAAAAUCUACCAGUGACAAAAGUCACAAAAUAAAAUUUGUAAAUGAGGAAAAAGACAUAGUAGAAAAAUUUACGAGAAUAUUAGUAGAUAAUGGUGACUAUUUUGAUUUUUACAGAAAUAUUGUCAGUGGACAUAAAAAUAUAUUAAAAAAUUGUAAUAUUAAAGGGGCAAAUUUAAUAAAUCUAUCAGAUACAUAUAAUAUUAUUUUACAGAGACUUACUAAAUUUGACCUACUUUUUUCGCGAAUAUUAAAAUACACAGAUCCCAAAUCGCACGGAUACGAUUUAUUGAAAACAUUUAAGCUAAAAUUAAAAAAAUUUGUCGUUUUUCUUGACGACUUGCUUGACGAACAAUGUAAAAAGGAAAGAACGUGGGAUCUUUGUAUUAAACAUCAGUUAAUUGAUGUAAAGGGUAAUUUUAUUGAUGAAAUUACUUCUAACGGACUUAUGUUUAUUUUACUUGCUGAUUAUAUUCUUAUUGUUGAAAAUGACAAGUUAAUAGAUUUUUUAAAUGUGAAAAAUUUAGACGUUCAUGAAAAUGGAAAAAAAUCGUUUUUUAUUAUCACGAAUAAAAAGAUAAACAUCGAUUUACAUUAUCAUUUUGAAUUGGAAAAUUACAAAAUGUAUGUUAUUAAAUGUAUUUGUUUAAGUAAAGGGAUAAGAGAUAGAUUUGUAUUAAACGUACGACAAUCAAGAAAAAAGUAUAGUACUAAUCAGCAAGUAAUAGUUAAAACAAUAGUAAAAAAUUUAGAAACGUAUUCUAUUCCUUUUUUAUAUAAAAAAGAUGAAGAGUGGAUUCUUAUGAAAUAUAAGUUUAUUAUGGAAGAAGUGUUAAAUGCUAAUGAAAACAAUGAAAUAGUUAAUAUGAAUGAAUUGGAUUAA